GACUGAGGGUGAGGGAGACAGAGUGAGAGGGAGGGGGACCGGCGAGCGGCGAGGGAAACUGAGGCCUGAUUGCCUGAGGGUGAGAUCGUGAGAACACUGAGAGGGAGGGGGACCGAGGGAGAAUGAGAGUGAGAGGGAGGGGGACGGCGUGCGGCGACGGCGGAGUGAGAGGGACGGCGAACGGCGACGGCGUGGGCGUGCUGCUGCUGCAGUGCUGGGCUGCAUGGGGUGCGGCGUGCAGUCCUGGGAGUCUGGCAGAGGGCAGUGGUAAGAGUAAGAGAAUAAGAAAUAGGAGAUUAGACCCAAACCCGUCUUAACCGGACGGGUCACGGAUGACCCGUCGGGUCAUGACCCGUUUUGCCAGGUCUAGUCGCAAGCCCUCUUUCCAGUUUUCCGACUACGAACAGAAUCGCAUCACCUUGCCGACUCACUCCAUUGCCAAUCUCCCUCUUCUUCUUUCUCCUCCUCCUCCACUGUCAGUUCAACUGUCAAACCAAACAUGAGCAGCAAAUCCAGAAACUUCCGCCGUCGCGCCGACGAUGACGACGAAAAUGACGACGUCAAUGGCAGCGAGGCGCCUUCCGUCGCCGCCGCAGCCACCAAAUCCUCAUUAAAGCUUUCAACCCCAGCCCUAGCCACCAAGCCAAAGAAGCACCACCACCAAGCCCCGAAGCUCCUCAGCUUCGCCGACGACGAAGAAAAUGAAUCUCCAUCACGUCGCCCCUCCUCCAAAUCCUUGUCUGAUUCAAAACCCUCCUCUCGUUCAUCCAAGCCCUCUUCGUCCCACAAGAUGACGUCCGUCAAAAGCCGCCCCCCGCCUUCCUCGUCAUCUCUCCCCUCCAAUGUUCAGCCCCAAGCUGGUACUUACACCAAAGAAGCCCUUCGUGAGCUCCAGAAGAACACUAAAACCCUUGCUAGCUCUCGACCUCCUCCACCUCCCGAUCCUAAGCCUUCCUCUGAACCCGUCAUUGUCUUGAAAGGCCUAGUUAAGCCCGUGGAUAGCAAGAAUAUUGCAGAUGAAGAAAGACAAGAUGGGGAUUUCGAGGAAGAAGAUGAAAUUAAGCGCGAAAGAGCAAGUUCCGAGACCCGGUUGAGAUUGGGUAUGCUGGGAAUUGGGAUGGAACGGGAUUCAUCCGGGUCGUUGAUUCCGGAUCAAGCUACAAUAAAUGCAAUUCGGGCAAAGAGGGAACGACUGCGGCAGCGGCAAGCGGCUGCCCCGGACUACAUAUCGUUGGAUGCAGGGAGCAAUCAUGGUGCUUUGGAUGGGUUGAGUGAUGAGGAACCGGAGUUUCAGGGGCGAAUUGCAAUGUUUGGAGAGCAAAUGGAUAGCGGGAAGAAGGGUGUGUUUGAGGACGUUGAUGAAAGAGUGAAGGAUGUGGGUCUGACGAAGGGUGGAGAGAGGCAGGAUGAGGAUGAAGAUGAGGAGGAGAAGAUUUGGGAAGAAGAGCAAUUUAAGAAAGGUCUGGGAAAGAGAAUGGAUGAUGGGUCCGGUAGAGCAAUGAGUAGUGCUGUUCCCGUGGUUCAGGUUACGCAGCAGCAAAAAAUUAUUUACCCCGCAGUGGUGCAUUCUUCGGAGUCAAGUGUAGCCAUCCCUCCAAACAUUGGUGGGGCGAUUGGAUCAUUGCAUGGGUUGGAUGGGAUGCCGAUUUCUCAGCAGGCUGAGCUCGCGAGGAAAGCUUUGCAAGAGAAUGUGAGGAGGCUUCAGGACUCUCAUGGUAGAACCAUGUCAUCACUGACUCGGACUGAUGAAAAUUUGUCUGCUUCACUUUCGAAUAUCACUGCUCUUGAAAACUCUCUAUCUGCAGCUGGUGAGAAGUUCAUGUUUAUGCAAAAGCUUCGUGACUUUGUUUCUGUUAUAUGUGACCUUUUGCAGCAUAAAGCUCCUUUUAUUGAGGAACUUGAAGAACAGAUGCAGAAGCUUCAUGAAGAACGUGCAUCGGCUAUCAUAGAAAGAAGAGCUGCUGAUAAUGAUGAUGAAAUGAUGGAAGUGGAAGCAGCUGUUAGUGCAGCAAUGGCAGUUUUUAGCAAGGGUGGUAGUAGUGCUGCAAUGGUUGCAGCUGCGACAAAUGUAGCCAUGGCUGCAUCUGCCCGUAUGAGAGAGCAUUCAAACCUACCAGUCAAGCUAGAUGAAUUUGGUAGAGAUAUGAACCUGCAAAAACGAAUGGAUAUGACACGGAGAGCUGAGGCUCGGCAACGCAGGAGAGCCCAAUCUGAUUCCAAAAGAUUGUCAUCUAUGGAAAUCGAUAAAUUCUAUCAGAAAAUAGAAGGAGAGUCAAGCACCGAUGAGAGUGAUACUGAGAGUACAGCUUACCAGUCAAACCGUGACAUGUUACUCCAGACGGCAGAGCAAAUAUUCAGUGAUGCAGCUGAGGAAUAUUCCCAACUAUCAGUGGUUAAAGAAAGGUUUGAGCGAUGGAAAAAACUUUACUCAUUGAGCUAUCGCGAUGCGUACAUGUCACUAAGUAUACCUGCCAUUUUCUCUCCCUAUGUGAGACUGGAGCUUCUAAAGUGGGACCCACUUUAUGAAGAUACAGAGUUUGAUGAUAUGAAAUGGCAUUCGUUGCUAUUCAACUAUGGUUUGCCAGAAAAUGGAAGUGAUUUUAACCCUGAUGAUGCUGAUGCCGACCUUGUUCCCACACUGGUAGAAAAGAUAGCACUUCCUCUUCUCCAUCAUGAAAUUGCACAUUGCUGGGAUAUGUUUAGUACCAGUGAAACGAAGAAUGCUGUUUCUGCCACAAGCUUGGUUAUUAAUUAUGUCCCAGCCUCUAGUGAUGUUCUUGGGGAAUUAAUGGUUGUUAUUCGCUCUCGUCUGGCUGAUGCUGUUAGCAAUCUCAUGGUCCCAACAUGGAGUCCGCUGGUGAUGCAGGCUGUGCCAAAUGCUGCACGAGUUGCAGCAUAUCGUUUCGGCAUGUCUGUUCGUUUGAUGAGGAAUAUCUGCUCAUGGAAGGAUAUCCUCGCAUUGCCCGUUCUGGAGAAGCUUGCCCUUGAUGAGCUUCUGAGUGGCAAAGUUCUUCCUCAUAUUCGAAGCAUCACAUCAAAUAUUCAUGAUGCAGUCACGAGAACAGAAAGGAUUGUUGCUUCAUUAUCUGGGGUUUGGGCUGGUCCAAGUGUCCCAGGAGAGCACAGUCACAAGUUGCAACCGCUGGUAGAUUAUGUGCUACUACUUGGGAAGACUUUGGAGAGAAAGGGUGCCUCUGGUAUGACUGAGAAUGAAACUAGUGGACUUGCUCGGCGAUUGAAGAAGAUGCUUGUUGAGCUCAAUGAAUAUGAUAAAGCCAGGGAUAUAUCUAGGACCUUCCAUCUCAGGGAGGCACUCUAAAAUAGUUCAGGUAGCAAGCUUGUGGUGGUUCUACGUCAAAGAAACUAGGCCAUAUAUAUCAAUCUGCCUGUGGAUUGAAGAAAUGCUGGCUAAGCUUGGUGGGCCAUGUCCAUCAGAAGGAAGCUCUGUAAUCUGUGAUGCCUUCAAACUGUUUCUGGUGCUAUGGGUCUUCUUUUCUGGGAAUUCAAGAAAUUUUAUAAAAUUAUGGGGUGGUAGUUAGGUGAUUAUUUGGUUAACUUCUGCCGAGCAAUCGAUAAUGCUUCCUCAAUCUGCACUUUUUGUUUGCCUAUCAGAAGUUUAUAAGCUGCUUCAUGGCUGAUUGAAGGGAGAGAAAUGAUAACUAGGUUUCAGCGCUUGUGGAUACCCCCCUUGAGAACCUUGAAUCGUUGAUUACAGAUUGUUGAGGAAUAUUUUCAAUGGUCAGGCAAGAAAAGAUGAAAGAAAACCAAGUUUGGUUUGUCCAACUUUAGCGCUUAAGUCUUCGGUUGAACAAAGAAUGCUGUAUGAGUAUCCGAAUGCUAUGGGUUUUCUCUCUUGGGCUGUAAACUUUCUGUGUUGCAACAUAUGGCUGGGGGAGAAUUUCAUUAGAAAGAUUUGACACAGUCGAGGCUUCUCAGGUGCUGUUCAUAAAAUCCCAUUAGCCCAACUAAUGUGGGGUUGAGUGAUGGUCCACUAUGCAUUUAUUGUUUUAGAAUAUUGAGAAGUAGGGUCUGCUGCAGUGCCAAAUGAGAUGGUCCCUAGCCCAACCUCUAGAUAUCAUUACUCCUGACUUGUCAGAUUUGGAGUUGCAACGGUAAAUCAGCAGUAUCAGUAGCUCAUCCUUUGGCUUAAUUGAAUAGCUUAGAGAAUAUUCUCAAGGAAGGUGUGUCUAUCCUGGAAGUCAGAUUCAUUGGGGGAGAAAGGUGUUCACCUCUGUAGACAAGGGCUGGAUACUGUUGAUGUAGAGCCACAGCAUCCAUAAGUGGUCUUCUAUAUAGAUUUUGUUGGAUGGGUUGCUUUGAUUCUGCUUCAUGCAUGAAUUCCUGGUUGUUUCAUAGAAGUUUAAAAGAAAUGAGGGGGAAUUUUAUCUUAGUUGAUGAUGGUAAUGGGAGGAAAUUAAGGCUUUACGGAGCAUGGAAUUCUAAAAGCUACCAACUACUCUGAUCUGAUUAGUGGCUGUCUGAACGUGGUAGUUUAACAAUGGAACAGCCCUCCUCCCAAAUCUGGUGUAAGAGGGGAGUUGAGUGGAGACGGCUCACAUUGGACCACCUACUCCAAUGGGAAGUGCAUUAUAAUUGUUGCAAGAGCAGAGGGGUGAUUGAAAAUUCAUGUGUCGAUCAGUGUGGAAUGGUAAGUUUGAAUAUAAAUUCAAAUGGAAGAGCAAAAAGUGGACCUGAAAAGCAGACCAUCUAAAUUAUGGCUGAAGCCCAUCUUCCUCAAAACGGAGAGGCCUACCUGAAAUUCGAGACCAUGGCAUGUUGCUAGUAUCCUCUCAACUUAUCCUGAAGAAGUUGACAUCCAGCAUUGCAAUGAUAUUUCUGAAGACCAGGAGAAUCUAAUUGACUAAAAUUUUAUCUGAUGAGGUGUCGGAAUCUUGCUUUGAAUCAGGUUAAAAACAUAUGAGAGAAGAAAGGGGAUGCUUUGCAGUUUCAAAAAGCACAUCCAAUGACUUCUUGAGGAAACAAUAUGAAGAAGAAAAUCAAGAGGUGCAAAUAUAGUCGUGAACCAAACUUAGGUUCAUGUGGGAUAUCGAGAUUAGAAGCAGACUUAUUUAGAAGCCAGUUGCACGUGGAAGUUGUGAAAGAUAUCGGGAUUAUCAUUUUCUGGGAAAUUAAUCUCAGGUGGGACAGGCGGGACAAUCUUCUUGGGCGAUAUGGAGAUUAGAGAUUGGAAUUCUAGGGAUGUUCUCUUAAUGGGAUCUUGGGCUCUACAAGUCCCUUGCAAUCAGUUGUGCAGUGUCUCGGUUGGUAUCUCAGUUUGGAAUAUUAGAGGGUGGGCAAGAGUGAGAAGGGCUAUCAGAAAUUUGGCUUGUAAGAAAAUCCAGAUUUUGUUGCUGCACUGAACUGGAACAUGAAAAGGUUGAAGAAAAUGAUUUGUUGCAAAGUUGAUGGAGGUAGCUUCGGUGUGGCAGUAGGCAGUCGCUUGAGGGAUCUCUUUGAUGUAUGCCAUGGCUUGGUUUGCCUAAGAGAAUGUAGUCGAGUUAAAAAUUUUUGUCUUAAAUCUAGAACACGUAGAAAUCAUGUAGGUGAUUCGAUUUUAUUCUACUCCUAUAAUCCAAAGGCUCACAUUGUGGUUUGUUUCCAACA